CCACUUCGCCACCAAAAUAAUCUUCAUUUUUGGUGUUUUUGGCGAUCGAGAGGGAAGGAUCAUGAAUACCCUCUUCUCUCUCAUAAUCUUCUUUCUCUACCUCUUCGUUGGUGGCAGUUUUGGGCAGUCGCCGGCGGAGGCUCCGGGACCGCCGCCGCCGAUGAAUAUAUCAAGAAUACUGGAAAAGGGUGGGCAGUUCAGUAUUCUGAUAAGGCUUUUGAAGAGCACUCAAGUGGCCAACCAAAUCAACACUCAGCUUAAUGACUCCAAUUCUGAACUCACCAUUUUUGCCCCCACUGAUAAUGCUUUCUCCAACCUCCAAUCGGGCACACUCAACUCCCUCAACGACCAAGAAAAGGUAGAGCUUCUCCAAUUCCACAUGAUCCCAACCUUCCUCUCUCUCUCAAACUUCCAAACAGUCAGCAAUCCGGUGAGAACUCAGGCUGGCGACGCCUAUGAGUUCCCUCUCAACGUCACCACCUCCGGCAACUCUGUCAACGUCUCCUCCGGCCUCACCAACACCUCCAUCUCGGGCACCGUCUACUCCGACAACCAGCUCGCCGUCUACCAGAUCGACUCAGUUCUCAAGCCAAUUGGCGUCUUCCAGCCCCGCCCACCACCCCCUGCUCCCGCGCCGGAGAAGUCUAAGAAGAAGGCCAAGGCCAUUUCUGAGGAUCCCAAGGAUUCGACCGAUGACAACUCCUCCGCCGUUCCACUUACCGGAAUGCCGGUCUUCUUCACCGGAGCUGCCGCCGUCGCCGGAAUAAUGCUGGUAUGGAUAAAUACCUGAUCUAAUUUUCAAGGUGUAUUGUGGGAGAACUUUCAUCUAUUGCUUUUGAAAUUGGUUUUAUUUCUGUAUUAUAAAUUGAUGUUCGAUUGUGUUUGUUUU